UCUUAAAAGUGUUCAUUGUCCCAAAUGAACUUAAUAUCUAUGAAUUGUGAGCUUGAUUUUUACAAUUGGGUAUUCCUUCAUUCAUCCCAUACUCAUACAUUGUAGUACAGACAUUUAAUCGAAACCACGUUUUGUUUAUAAAAGUGAGGACAUUGCUUACUAUAAAGGAGGUACGUGCUUACUCUCGAUUAUGUGUUUAUAGUGUAUGGUGUAAUGUGAUUUGUGUUAUCAGUUGCGCCUUAGGAGCAGUGAUCUCGUAAGUAUUAUUUCGUCUUUUUCAUACGUUCAUUGAUUUUUAAUACGUGCAAAAAUUCUGCAUCUUUGAUUUUAUUAAUGGGUUCUCAUCUCUUGAGUGACAAAGUGGGGAUCAAAUCUUCAUUAGUAAUCGAAUUGUCACGAUGAAAAGUGGACGAUCCUCUGCUGAUACUUAGCGAUAUGAUGACUUUUUAGCAGGUAAUUUGGAACAUUAAUUUCUAAACACAUUUAACUGGUUUAUCUAUUUCCAUAUAUGUACUUUAUUUUUUAUUGAUAUUAUGUUUCUUGUAGGACGAAUUCCACCUCAGUGUUCAAUGAAAGGAGGGCAAUUUUUGGACAAAAUCCUGCUAAUAUCUGUGGACUUAGGCCACAGCUUGGGCGUGUGGCAGGCGCUCAGGGAUUUAUGCAAGAAUUUUGAGCAGGCAAGUCGUAGAAAAGGUCGUUCUAGUCAAAAAGAGAUGGAGCAGAGGAAUCGAACGAUACAGUUCGAUGAAGUCACAAAGGAAAUUCUUAGCGUGAAUGCAGAAUUGGAGGAUUUAACUUCCUUGAUAACUUGUCCAGAUCGUUUUCCAAAUUGUUGGUGUGGAAAGUGCCGACUUGUUGGCCGUGAGAUUCCUGAUGAAGUAGCAGAUAUCACGGCGAUACUUGGCCCCAGUACUGCUGCUGACAUUCAGGAAUUUCAAGAGGUCGAAGUAAAAGAUGAGCUUUUGGACGAGCUUCCACAAUUUUGAGAAGUUUUUAUUAAGGAAUUUGGAGAGGCAGAAGAAGAAGAUCCUCUUCAACUGAACUUUAGUGUGUAGUUUAAGUGUUUAGUGUCAGUACCUCUUUUUUAUUAUCGUGUCGUGAAAAUGGUAAGCUUCAAAUUCUUUACCUUAAUAAACAUGUAUAUACACACAUGCACAUAAGUCAAAUUCUUGUAUUUUUAUAGAUUUUUCUUUUAAAUUAAUCAAAAGUUUUGUAUUUUAAAAGAUGGACAAUUUAAAUGUAUUGGAGUAUUAGGGUUUUGUACAUUCUUUCGCUCGCGCUGUGACUUACGAUACAUAUUAGUCACGUAGUUGCUGUUAAUAAGCGACGUGAUGAUCUUCUUCUCUCCACCUCCUCCGUCCGGCCGCGCAACGUAACGUGAUAUUGAAGUGCGAAUCAAUGGCUAGUU